AUCACAAACCAAAAAUAAAAUGCAAAUAGAAAUGAAACCCCAACAACAAAAUCUACUAAAAUAAUUCCACCAUGUUAAAGGCCACGCCCUAAUUCCCUAUUCAUUUUGUCCCUCUUUUUCUAAUUUUCCCGCAUUUUCUCGGGUUUUCUUUUUUCUCUCUCUUUCUUCCGGCUAGAUUGGAUCUGAUUGCUCUUAUGUUAUGUUUCUCCAACCCCACUUAGACCCUUGGAACCUGUACAGGAAAAGAAACCCCAAUUUUUAACUUCCCAGGGUUUUCAAGUUAAGGUUUUUCGGAUCUAGCAGUAUUGGAAUUUAGGGAGUUUCUUUGGGUUUUUGGGUAAUUCGUGAUAUUGGCGUAUCUGGGUUGCUUUUGUUUUCCUUGAAGGGGUUUAUAUUGUUAUUUUUAUUCAUUUUUCUGGAGGUCAGGGUUAGAUUAAAAAGGGAGAAAUUUGAUUAGCAAAUGCCAUAUUUGGAUAAUUGGUAUUUGAAAGGUGUAUUUUUUUCGGCAAAUUUUUUGGAGAGACCGAAAAAAGUUUAUCUAUGUCUUGGGCAGGCCCUGAAGAUAUCCACCUUUCUACUUCUCUUGCCAGUUACCUUGACAAAAAACUUUUAGUGCUGCUACGAGAUGGUAGAAAGCUCAUGGGAACUUUACGUUCUUUUGACCAAUUUGCCAAUGCUGUUCUUGAGGGUGCUUGUGAAAGAGUUAUUGUUGGUGGUCUUUAUUGCGACAUCCCUUUAGGUCUAUAUGUAAUCCGUGGGGAGAAUGUUGUCUUGAUUGGCGAGCUGGACUUGGAGAGAGAGGAACUUCCUCCACAUAUGACUCGUGUAUCAGCAGCAGAAAUUAGAAGGGCACAGAAAGCAGAAAGGGAGGCAACAGAUCUCAAAGGUACAAUGAGGAAAAGAAUGGAGUUCCUUGAUUUGGACUAACUCAUGUUUCCUGCAUCCUGUUUUAGCUAUCCGCAAGUUUUAUGGCGGUUGUUGGUGUAGGAGAUGGGUAGGCUACAAAAUGCUCCAUCUCUCUUUGUUUCUAUCAUUUCCCUCUCAACAUUAAAUUCUUGUAACAUUUGCAAACAAUGUAUUUGACAAAGCUUAGCCGCGAUUUGCCGGUCCUCUAAUUUAGUUUUCGCAGUAACAGAUUUCACUUA